AUGCGUGAACAAACAGCUGUUCUUGCCAACUCUCGAUCCGAGCCCGACCCCCUCACACUUACCCCAUCCAAAUCGAGGACUGUGGAAAAAUCAAAUAACGGUCUGCUCACUCCUCAAACUGAGCGCAGAUUUUACGACACUCCCCCGCGCAGCUUCAUGUCACCACCUAAAACAGCUAAGGCUCGAAUGAUAUCAGAAGCUUCGGACGAAUUUGAUUGGAAUGAGUCAGAUGAUAACGAUGAACUCGUCAAGGCGAUUUCUUCCAGUCAGGCGACUGAGAGCUUCAUCUCGCAGCCUAAAUUCUACCCCGAGUCUCCAUCGAAGACACCCCGCACCUCGACAGUCACUUCACCCGGUAAGCGCAAACUGUUUGAAAGGCCAAAUGACAUAUCACCCCCACGACGAUCAAUGAUCGCGACCCCAUUCUCACCGGCCUCUUCUUGCACCGAAAGGUUCCCUUCAUCUGCAGAAGUAUGUAUGACGCCCACACCCAGCAGGUACAACAAUGUCCUUUCUGCAGACUCGGCGUUCGAUACCUCGGAUUUAGCGACGAGUCUACUUGGCUUGUUGGAAAAGCAAGAGGUUGUGCUACCAAACAAAGCGCGGGACGAGGUUGUCUCGCUGCUCAAUAGACAAGACUUGAAGAUGAAGGGCAUUGUCCGUGGCCGUGACAUGACCCGGCUAGCUCUGAAGAAGAAGGAUGAUGAAAUUUCGAAGCUACGAGAGCGGGUUGCCAAUCUUGAGGCGCAGAGAGAAUUGGAUCGGACUCUUACCGAUGCGAUGAAACCGUCGGGUUGA